AGCACACCAACUUCCUGUUUUGAAGAGAUCAAAAGAGCUUCAUUAUGGAUGCUGGUAGAAGACAGAUUUUGGGUUUGGCUUUAGCCAUCAUCGGCGUAUUGGGGACCAUCAUGAUCUGUGGUCUUCCUGCCUGGAAAGUCCUCAUUAGUACUUCUGUGUACCCUCAUGACAUUUAUGGGGCUUGGUAUGGUUUAUGGAAAAUCUGUACAAUAUACACCACAGGCAAGAUGGAAUGCGUUGGGUAUGAGGUUUUUCCACCCCUGGUAGAUGACGCCAUGAAAGCUACCAGAGCACUUGUCAUUAUCGCAAUCCUCAGUGGGAUCUUUGGAAUCCUGCUUGGUGUGGCCGGGAACAAGCGCAUUAACUUCAUGUUGGAUGAUGGGCAAAAACGCAAAGUGGGCUUUGCUUCUGGAGUCGUCUUCAUCAUUACAGGUUUCUUGGUGCUCAUACCUGUCUGCUGGAUGGCCAACAUCACCAUUCGUGAGUCCUACAUGCUCAGACAUGACAGUAGUGUCAGCAUAAAGCUGGGAGCCUCACUCUACAUUGGCUGGUUCACCACUGGGCUUCUGUUCCUGGCAGGAGGCCUGCUCCUGUACCGACAGGAAUGAUACUGUCAUACUGAAAGAAAGGUAUUCAUUAUCACAGCUAUGUAAGGCUUGCUUUUUUUCCCCCCAGUCCAUUGAAAACAAGAGUAAUGUUUGUUUCCAAUGUUUUCAUAAAACAUUUCUCUUAUGAACUUCUGUUUUUCCCUUCAGUGAUGACAAUAAUAGAGCCUAAAAUGUAAUGAAAGUA